CGCUUUCCCUGUUAUUUCAUCCUUUUAUAUCCCUUUUAUUUUUCAUUGGAUUUUAAUUAACCUAUUCUUGUUACUUUACCUGCAAGCUUUCAUUUUUAUAAUUUUCUCAUAAAAAGGAGAAAAUUUUCCUUCCGCUCUGGAAAAAUCAGACCGCAGUACUAUUCAAAGCCGGCAAGAAUCCUCUGGGCUUCUAGCGUGUGUGGUGACAGAACGAAUUUUACUCGCUUGGGUAUGUAUAGGUAACACCGGUCAGAAUGAUUUGUUGGGUUUUGCUUUCAGCGACAAUAGAGGCUGCUUUUAUUUUCAGCAUGAAGCGUUCGAGCAUCUGAAUGGAGAGAAGCGAAGCGCGUGCGCUUUGAUUUGUUGAAGGAUUUGUCUUGUUUAAUCGCGAAGGUUCUGAAGGACAGAUAGAGUUGUCCAAUCAUUGGCUUUUGUUAAUGAAUUGUGGAUUAUAGAUUGGCUGAUUCCGGUGAGGAAGAAUGAGAUCAUUGUAGGUUUUUGUCUCGGUCAAAUUGCACGGAGGAGUAAUGGUUUUUGUCCUUUGAUCUGGAAUCUGCCCAGUAUAUGUAUGUGGAUUGAAGAUUCUCUUUUCUGUCGCAAAUUGGGAAUUUAAGUGGUGAUUAAUUGACUCUUGGAUUUUAAUUGGGUUUGAGUUUCUCCCAUGGAUGAAGCUCAGGUUGGCUCUGGUUCCUUACCUCCUUUCCUGGCGAAGACAUAUGAGAUGGUGGAGGAUCCUUCCUCGGAUUCGGUAGUUUCUUGGACCAGCACUAGUAAAAGUUUUGUAGUAUGGGAUCCGACCGAAUUUGCAAGGGUUUUGCUACCAAGAUUCUUUAAACAUAAUAACUUCUCGAGUUUCAUCAGGCAGCUGAAUACUUAUGGUUUUAGAAAAGUCGACCCAGAACGGUGGGAAUUUGCGAAUGAUGAUUUUAUAAGGGGAAAACCACAUCUUUUGAAGAGUAUCCAUAGGCGAAAACCAGUUCAUAGUCAUUCUUUGCAGAAUCAGCAGGGACAUGGGCCUUCUCCAUUGUCUGAAUCAGAAAGGCAGAAUUUCAGUGAUGAAAUAAUGAGGCUUAAACAAGAUAAAGAAGUACUUGCCUUAGAUUUACAGAGAUAUGAACAGGAAUGGAAAACUUGUGAGAUACAAAUACAUUGUUCAAGCAACCGUUUGGAAAAGUUGGAACAGAAGCAACAAAAGAUGGUUUCCUCAAUUUCUCAAGCCUUGCAGAAACCUGGGGUUGCUUUAAAUCUCUGGUCACUUUCAGAAUCCCCGGAUAGAAAACGAAGGAUGCCGAGAGGUGGAUCCUUUUCUGAUGAAGCUAGCAUUGAAGAUCCUAUGGAGACUUCUCAAAUGUUACCUAGAGAAAUCUCCAUGCUGACAUCAGACAUGGAGCGAUUGAAUCAGCUGGAAUCAUCUCUGUUAUUCUGGGAGAACAUUGCACUUGACUUUGGUGAUACCUUUAUUCAGGGUUCUUCAAACUUGGACUUUGAUGAGUCUACAAGUUGUCCUGAUAGUCCAUCUAUAUCGUGCGUGCAACUAGAUAUUGAAAUUCAGCCAAAGUCAUCUGGAAUAGACAUGAAUGCUGAGCCUGCUGCAUCUGCUGUUCCUGAGACUGUUCCAUCAAAAGAACAAGUAGUGGAAACAACCACCGUGGCGACUGGUGUUAAUGAUGUCUUCUGGGAACAGUUCUUGACAGAGAAUCCCGGUUCGUCAGAGACACAAGAGGUGCCGAUGGAAAUGAAGGAUUCUGGUGCCAGAAAGAAUGAAGGAAAACCUAUUGAAGUAAAUAGAUUUUGGUGGAAUGUGCCGACUGUAAAUAAUCUUCCGGAACAGAUUGGGCAUCUUAGUCAAGCAGAGAAAACUUAAUUGCAGUGAAUUACCAUCCGGCUUGUGAUGCCCAACAAAAAUUUUAGGUAUCAGGAUUUUGAUUGAAUGCGACAAUUGGCUUCAAAUUGGGUAUUGCGCCAGAGGCUGGGUGGGCUUGUGGAUAUGAAGACAAUUUGAAUUGCUAAUUGCAAGCUUUGAUGCCAGACGUGUAAAGCAAAUACUGAAGGCUUUCCACCUUUCUCAUUUCGGAACUUUACUUGCGCUGAUUUUUGUUCGAUAGUUGUUUGUGGAUUGGAGUUCCUCUGCCCUAGCUCUGGCAGGAACACAAAGGUGAAUAUACUGAGAUGGAAACAGGGCGCACCUUGCACACAAAAGAAUCUGCAUUCUGGAGUGUCCAAUGAAUUUGAAGCAUGGAUGCUCUGCUUGGUGAAAGUGGUUCAUGCAGUACAGUGGCAUUAUGUGAUGCAUGUAAGCCAACCUUACUCAGCGGGAUAAUGUUGCUCCUUCUUGUUGUCGUGGAUGGUGAUGCUCUGUGGAAGUGAAUGAAGACGGCAGAUUCAGAACUUGCAGAUAUCUCAGUUCUGUUGGGAUUUAUUGCAUGGGAUGAAACUAUGAAAGAUGGAUCUGAACUUAAAUGAUUGUUAGAAUGUAGAUGUAACUGAGGCUAGCUCCAAUUUUUUAUUGGAUGGAUUGAGAUGUUGCACAGCCUUAUCAGUUAUUUUUGUUUGAUCACCUGUAAAAUUAACUCUUAGCAUGUAGCUUUUCUCUAAUUUAUGUACCAUUCAUUUCCUCUUUACCA